CUAACACCAACCGGGGCAGCGUUGCCCUUGGAUACGGACCUCCAGGGCGAUUCACCCAGUGACAAUCAGCCUCAUGGGCAAGUGGAGGCCGGUCGCUUUCAGAUCAGCCCCACGCGGCAACUGCAGAGCGCCAGUGUCGGCUGGUACGUUGUCUCCAACCUCACAGUCUUGACGGUUCGACGUGCGAUGAAUGCCCGACGUUUUGAGUGCAUCGUCUCCUACGGCGAUCAACAUGGCACACUUCGUCGGCAGAAUGUACUGGAGGUCUUGUAGAGAAAUAUGACCCAUUCUCGAGAUCCGGCUGCUGUAAGAUUGUUUGCUCAUGUGCUCGAUCUUAUGUUGGUGAGACUUGCCGAUCUAUUUGACAAAGAUUGGGAUAACACACAAAUGCUUGCAAAGGUAGCUGGAUCCAACGCCCGUGGUGUCUUGGCCAACGGGUACACUUGCAGACACUUGAAAGUGGUGGAAUUGGCCUCUCCCGGAGCGGUGUUGGAGAGCUCGAUUCUUUUUCGUGGCUGCACUUGGGUCUGUUGUGGCCACGUCAAGUGCUUAAACUACCGAAGCAGCCCAGGCAAUCGAGGCAAGUUAGAAGAAGCUGCACCAAAUAGGCGGCACAUGAUUACGCCUUUUGGCCAAUUCAAGGGCACAUGCUUGGCUUGGCCCGUGCUGUCCUUCAUUUGGUCUUCGGCUGAAGCGUGA